AUGGAGGGAGGGCAGAUGAUGCAGAAGGUGAUGGUGAUCCAUGAUGUGUCAAAACAAAGUUGUUGGAGUGCAAUAAGAUGGGUUGUUAAUGAGGGUUUGUGUUUAAACCCUGGGGAUGAGCUUAUACUUCUGGGAGUUGUUCACCAUCUCAAUGAUCCUGCUACCUUGGAUUUCUUGGCAGCUGCUAAACAAUUGGGAUAUGAGACGACAAUGACGAUUUCAAAUGAUAUGAGAGAAGAAGAAAUGGAUCAUGGGGAUAAGGAACAGAACCGGCCCUGUACAUAUGCGGAGAUGCUUGCCCUCUCUAAACAAUGCCAACUUCAAAAGGUUAAGCUUUGGGUAGACGUACGUGUUGGGGUUUCAAGAAAAGUGGUUGCGGUGGAAAGCGCCAAGGAUUUGGAGGCUACUUGGAUAGUUUUAGACAGGGAGAUGAAGAAAGAGAGAAAGUACUUCAUGAAGAAGUUAAGUUGCGGCAUAUGGAAGGUGAAGAGUGAUAAUACGGCGGAGCAAGUGAGAGCACCGCCGCUACCCACCCAAAAAACAUCCCCCACAACCGCCGCCGCCGCGCCCACCACCACAAGCGCCGCCGCCCAAAUGUCGUACAAUGAAAUGAUACCAUCCUCCCGAGGAAAACUCUCUUCUUCUUCUCGACAAAAAUCAUCACUAAAUGACCCAUCAAAACCAGUCGCCACAGCUUCAAUCUCCAGUAGCGUUGACAGCAAGAAAGAUGGGUCUGAAAACAACAACAACAAAGUUGAAGAAAUGGAGGAGAAUGUGGAAGAGACGACAUUAUUAUUUUCGAAUUCGGUUUGCUCAUUGUGCCAGAACAAGAGGCCGGCGGCUAAGCCAGGAGGAGGGAAGAAAGACUUCACAUAUGCAGAGCUUGAGGAGGCGACGGGUGGGUUUUUGGGAGAGAACUAUUUAUCAGAAGGCGGGUUUGGUUGCGUUUACAAAGGGAAGUUGAAGAAUGGGGUGAAAAUAGCUGUGAAGCAGCACAAGAACAUGAUGAGCCUUCAGGGGGAGAGAGAGUUCAAAUCAGAGGUUGAUGUUCUGAGCAGAGCCACACAUGAGAAUCUGGUAAUGCUGUUAGGUUCAUGUUCUGAAGGGACUCAUAGGUUGCUGGUUUAUGAAUAUGUCUGCAAUGGCUCCCUAAAUGAACAUCUCUCAAGUGAUGCUAUGAUACCUCUAAACUGGGAGCAGAGAUUGAAGAUAGCAGUGGGAGCUGCUAAAGGUUUAGAGUAUUUGCAUGCACAAAAAAUCAUACACAGAGAUAUUAGACCUAACAAUAUUCUCAUCACCCAUGAUCAUCAAUCUCUGCUAGGAGAUUUUGGACUUGCAAGAGCAAGGAGCAAUAAUGAUGAGUCAAAUAAUAAUGAGUUCUCAAAUGAGAGUGUAGUUGGGGCACUGGGAUAUAUUGCCCCUGAAUAUGCAGAGACUGGCAAAUUCUCAACAAAAACAGAUGUUUAUUCUUUCGGACUCGUCUUAUUGCAGCUUAUAACUGGACUCAACAAUACUGACGAGCGUCUCAAAGGCAGGAGCCUUGUUGAAUGGGCAGUCCCAGUUUUGGAGCAGAAGAAUUACCCACGUCUUAUUGACACAAGGAUUGUUGAUUCUCAUGACGUCCACCAACUCUUUGGUAUGGUGCAACUGGUUGAGGAAUGCUUGAGGAAGGAUCCCAACAAGAGGCCACCCAUGAAAUGUGUGGUUGACGCCUUAUCGGACAUUAUAGAAGGACAGGCAAUCAGGCAAUGCUCUCAGCAGUCUAAAACAUAUUCGUUUAGCAAUGCAUUAAUCGAUGGCAUUCAACCCCAAAAAGACAAUAAUAAAGUCAAAGAUAAUAAUCAAAAUUUAAUUAAUAACAACAAAUGUAAAUCAGAAAAAGCUGCAUCAACCCUCGUCAAAGAAAGCGAAAGAAAACAAUGUUCGGAGCGUGGCAUAGAGGUUAGAAGGGUUGGGUUUAAAAGCAGUGGAACAAUAAAAUCUAUGUGCAGAAAAAAGCUGAAUUACCAUGAUUUAUAUCCUCCAAAAUGCUUUGUUGAGUCGGAAAGUGGAGGAGCAUUGGAGUUGGGGAUUCAACCUUCUAGGAACAACAAUGUUUUGUAUCAUAAAGAAGCCUAA